GACACAAACCAAUACCCCUCAAGAAGAGGCAUUUUUCUUCGAAAAACAGAGCAAAUAAGUGAAUGCAUUUAUUGGAAGGGGGUUAGACCUGACCCAAUAAAUAAUGACAAAAUAACAGUGAAAAAUAAAAGCAAUUAAAGCUAGAACAAGAUGUAAGACAACUAGAUAAAUGAGCAGAAGAAUUAACUGGAUAGUAUGGUUGGAAGACCCUUCAGCUCUAGUAAAUAAGCACCAAGUACACGAUUAGGAAGUUGAUGGGGAUUCGUAAAAGUAGCCCAACUUCUAACAUUGGAAAACUCCUGAACGAGUAGACGAGCCACCUGGUUAACGACGUGCGUAUCAUCUACUGUUUAAUAUUAUUGCCUCCAACUCUCCAAUAAUGUUACCUCCAAGAGUUGAUCAAGGCCUUCAUCAUUUUCACUUAAAGCGGCAUAGCUAGUGCAACUCCCAUCAUCAUGAUCAAUGUCACCAUCUCUUUCAGAACCGUCAUCAUCAUCAUCAUAAUAAUCAUCUACCUGGGUAAUGCAACUCCUAUCGUCGUCAAUGUCACCAUCGCUUUCAAAACCAUCAUCAUCAUCAUCAUCAUCGUCAUAUUCCUCGCCAUUAUCAGAGAUAUCGAAUCGUUGUUAUCAUCAUAUUCGUCAUUGUUGGGAUGUUCUUGGUAUAUUUGCUUGUCUUCUCUAUCAUCUUCCAGUCCCCCGGAGAUACUUAUGAACUUCAUGAUGUUCAAGGAAUACUUAAGAACAAUCACCAUUAUUAUGUGUUUUUAUAUUUCUAAACUUGAUACAAUAUGGGAGUUGAGUUUAAUUGAAAUGUAGAAUUUCUUGAUGAGUAAUCAAGAUAGGUGAUCUUGCUGAUGUGUGGAGCCGUUUCUAUUUAUAGGCGAGACUGAGACUCUGAGAGCGAGCACAUAGCAAAUAUUCCUUACCCUUUUUUGAGAAGAUUCCUUGACUUUUUAUUUAACUGGCUUUUUAAUAUGAUCGAAUUGUAUAAAGUUGACCCCCUAAUAUGUGUGUAGGAUUCAAAGAUUAAAAGAUCGAUAAUGAUUCAUUACCUACUCUUUCAUACUUCAAUAGUUAGUCCAUAAAUAAUACGAAGUAUGUUAACUAGUUAAUAAUCGACAUACAGAGUAUUAAAUACUACGGGUAUAUUUAAUUUUACAAAAAUGUCACAUCAUUUUUAAUCCAUUUUGAUGCAUUUUUAACAUAUUAGUGGUCACAAAAAGUGGUUUUCCCACGAGAAAUGUCAACGUCUCCACUUUGGCACUUUUGAUCAUGUGAAGACGUUGCACAGUAGACUUUUGCACAUAUGAAACUCCACUUUUUACAAAUAAGAAAAACUUUGAUUUAUGUAUAGUACAAAAAUAUCACAAUGUUUGAAUCCAUUUUAGUGCAUGUUUGACAUAUUUAGAACUCUUAUAUAUAUAGGGAAAAGUUCAAACAAAAAGAGGUGUUCCUAUGCAAAGUGUGAACAUGUGCACUUUUCC